CCAAAAUGGCGGUAAUUUGAAGUUUGAUAGAGUGAACUCUAGAAAUUAUUUUGUUUUUUCGUGCUUCUGAAGGCUUCGGUAGUAUUAUAGAUGGAUACUUCAACAGUGUUGAAUCCUUGGGCAAGCGAGCAGCGUCCUUUGGGGCCGUAUGGUCUGCUAAUACAGCAGGCAGAGCUAUCGGGCCACCUAAAAAAGAGGAGGGAUCGUGACAUUGCCAUGGCAACCGACCUCGUCCGUGAGAAGUCCCCAUCCCUCCAGCUGUUCCAGGUGCUCAGACAGAUCACAACCCAAAGGAAACAGCUUGAUAAGGUCAAUAUUGAGGUCCAGUGCAGACAACAAGACCAGGAGACUAAUGAUAUCACAGAUCUCGGAAUACUAGAGAAGAGAAUAAAACAGCUGAAUGAGCUGAGUCAACACCUACAGACUGUUAUGCAGCACAAGGCCCAACUGAAGUCCAGACUGCAGAAACCUUUUGUGGGAGAAUACCUACAUAUUGCAGCUCAGUACCAGCGCUGUGUGUCAGAGGUGUUCCCCAUGCUGGCUCCCAUCCUGUCAGACCUACAGACUAACCUGGACAACAUCCACUGGGCCAGCAGAUUUUCAAUGGAUGAUGGGCAUAUUGACCAGACAUUGGAUGACCUGACUGCCUCCCUGGCCCAGGUGGAGACUGGUCUCCAGUCCCUUGUGCAGCUGCGGGAAAGUGUGAGUCAGAUGCACCACACCAGCAGGAGCCAGCAGGGCACCAGGAGGCCUGACAGCAAACAGAGAUAGGCUACUGUCUGGUGCACUGACACUGUUGGUAGAGUUUGUUACACUUUCCAGUUCCUUCAGAAUUAAGGAAAAUCAUGUUACAAAUACAGCUA